AAACGCCACCAUUGCCAAGUGUCCUGUCUGCUGAGUCGAGGGUGGGGAAAGAGAAGCGGCUCCAGCGAGACACGAUCACCGAGCCCGCACGCCUCUUGAUCGGCUAUUCACAAUGUCCAGAAGGGGUGCUCACACCUCGUUGCGCGGUCGAAGUUCGGCGAAUUCAGCAGCAAGCGCCGGGCUCGCUCGACAAACCUCGUCGACAAACCCUGUCAAUCGAGCUACGAGCGCCGGUGGAAGUGGUCUUCCUUUUGUCGGAGGAGCGGCUUCGAUCACCAAUGGUUCAAGAUCAAAGCAGAUGAACGACCCCAGCAGGCGUAUCUCUGAAUACUCGUCGCCGGACGACAAGUGUCCACAAUGCCGGACCGAUCGCUUCUUGAACCCUAAGCUUCGGCUGCUCGUUUCACCCUGCUACCACAAGAUGUGUGAAUCCUGCAUCGAUCGUAUCUUCUCCCUUGGACCAGCUCCUUGUCCCGAAUGCGGGAGAAACUGUCGAAAGAACCAAUUCGGCGGUCAAAGAUUUCAGGAUCUAAACGUUGAACGCGAGGUCGACAUUCGCUCGACGAUUGGGAGACUAUUCAACAAGCGAGAAGAAGACUUCGACGAUCUAAAGGCGUACAAUGAUUAUCUCGAGGAAGCAGAGAGUCUCAUGUUCAAUCUCAUCAAUGAUAUCGAUCUCCAAGAGACCAACGCCCGCAUCGAAAGGUAUGAACAGACGAAUCGCAACAACAUUGCUACCAACGUCAAAUCUGCCGUCGCCGAAUCGGAGGCCGCUCGAGUUCGGGAGGAAGAGGAUAAGUCGGCUCGACAAGCCAAAGCUUCUCGUCGCCGUGAGCGAGAGGCGCGUGAGCGUGUCGAAAAGGAGCAGGAGGAGCGCGAACUCGUCGAAGCUUUAGCAGGCCGUGGUGGCCUUUCGGUCGAGAGUGUCAUGCAAAGGCAGGGAGCAAAUGCAAAAAGGAGAGAAGAAGCCAAAGAGCAAGAGGAAAGGGCAGAGGAGGAGGCCGAGAGGCGCAGAGAAUUGGCUUCGGGCAUCGUUAGGUCAGCUGCUCGAGGUCAUGACAAGAGGAAAGCACAGGGAGAGGAUGACGCAAGCUUGCCCAUGUGGACGAUUGAAAUGGCCUACGACUUUGAAGGCCCUUUGGCCGCUCUCACAGAUGCCAGCGGUCUUUUCGAUGUGCGCACACAAUCGCACCUGCGGACAACCAAUGGUGCUAUCGAGCUCGGCUACCUUGAUCCAUGGACUCGGCCUUCCUUUUCCGACAUGGCAGAUCACCUUCGCGCAGGAGGCUGGGACUCUGCCCAGGGCUGGAGCCGCUCUCUGCGCUCUGCCAGUGAAGUAAUGGGACUCAUGCCCCGGGCUUGAAGCCAAUCAGUCAGAAGCCGACACACAUGUAUAAUAUCAUAUUCCACCAACACAUUUGUCACUAGCCUUCGUCCUUGGCCCCAAGACGGGUCUUGCGAGCAUACCUGGAUGCUAGCUCCUUGUCAACAUCUGCUUCGUCGCGCCGAACUUCAUCGGCGAGAGCAUCGUCUGCUUUAGAUGCGUACAAGCCGGCCAAAAGGACGAGGUGGGAGAAGAGAAGGACUAGAGAAGACUCUGUGGU